UAGUAUGACCGCUUACUUUGACCUUUGACAGUUGCGAAGGACGCGCCAUAUUUUUCUUGCACUCAAACUGGGCAUUUUUGGGCAACACUGUUUAGAAUGUAAAAUUCAUACGAAAGGUUGUUACCUAACAUGCCUAAGAAACAAGUAAAAUAAGCUAAGGGACGCUAGCCCAUCUUACCAGUCAACAUGGCUCCCGUUGAUUGGGACCAAAUCAUGGGGCUAGAUGCCAAGGAGCUAACGGAAGAGACCGCCGAUGAAUUGUACAGAACACUCUCAAAGGCUGCCCCAUCGGACUCGGAGGCCCCAGACCGGCUGCUCCAGUUGUUCGAGGUAUCGCGGGCCAUCAUGCAGAUCAAGAGUGAGCAAGCUCAUGUAGCCAUGGAGGAACUGGAUAACAUGGCCCAGGAACAGGGCCAGGAAGGGGUCCGCAAUGAGCAAGCACUGCUGGAUCAGAUCAAAGAAUUGGAAGAAGAAAACAAGAGACUACAGCGUAUGGGUGGUGCCUCAGGUUCCAGGGACAUCCGUUCCCUCCAGAACGAGAUCCACGAGUUGAGUCGGCAGUCGGACCUUCUCCAGCGAGAACUCAAAGAGAAAGAUCGGGAACUGAUCAAGGAGAGACGAGACGGGGAGAGGUUUGCAUCAAGAGCAGAGGAAGCUGAACGGGAGAUCCGGGAGCUGAAGCGAGACAAUGACAUGUUACGCACAGACCUGCGGGAUUACCAGCGCCAGAUGGAAUCGCAACGUGAGGGCAUGCUCCAACGGCGCGGGGACGACGCGGAGGUUCACGACAAGUUGCGCUUGAAGAACAGAGAAUUGAACGACCAACUUGAAGAAAUUCAGAAUCUGACAGAUGCCAAUGAGAAACUUCAAGAGCAGUGUGCCGAUCUGACAGCUAAGCUAGAGACAGCGGCCGUGGAUAUGGACAGCAUGGCUGAAGCCCACGCCAAGCUCAAGCUAGUCCUCCAGCAGUCGGAUACCGUGACCCAGACACUGGACAAGGAGAAUGAGAUUCUCCGAGAACAGAUCGCAGAUCUGACAGAUCAGCUGCGGGGAAAAUCCGGUGCUGACGAUGAAAUCAUGGAAGCCCUGAACAAGAAAGUGGAGGAAUGGAAAGAAGCGCUGGCCAAUAAGGAUGAGCAGAUGGCAGAGCUGAACGAUGUCAUCCGACAACAGAAGGAGCAAUUAACUGCCGCUCACAUGGACACCGAUAAAACCUCGGUUGUAGUUCUCUCACAGGCUUUGCAAGACAAGGAUUUGCAGCUGGAAGUGCUCAAGAAACAGCUGGAGAUAUCGGCCGACGAAAUGGCCGAACUGACCAGUCAGCUUGAAGAGCUCAGAAAGGAUGCAGCACAGGGUGGAGCACCGUCAGUCCGGAUGCAGAACACUAUCCGCAACCUGCGAGCCACGCUCCAGGAGCAAGAGAGAGACGGCAGGCGGGCCGAGGACGGGAUGCAGAUGGCUGAGGCGGACGCCAGAGAGAAAGACAAGCAACUCAACGACGCGCUGUCAAGGAUGCGGGAAUAUGAGGCUGGAGAAUACGGUCUAGUGGAAGCAGUGCAGGAAAUUAAGGAGUGCAAGAAAAAUAUCACAGUUCGAGAUCGGAACAUCGAGCAGCUGACGCAGAGCGUCAACAAGCUGGAGAUGACCCUGAAUGACCUCUUGGAGGAGAAUGAGGAGCUACGGGGGAGGCUGGGGCUUGACCCUAAGGAACCGCUUGACCUAGGUCAGGUCAGACUGUCCAAAGCCUUGCAGCAUCAGCAGGACAGGGCGCUCAAUCAGGUGUUGAGCCAGGAGUUGGAGAGACUUGAAGCGGAGAGGUUGGAACUGAAGAAGCAAGUACGUCUUCUGGCCCAGCAGCGAGCUCAGAGGGCCGUGGCGCUAGGCCUUUCGGCAGACGACAUGGUCGCCAUCGAGGAGUUCACGGAAGGUCUGAAGACCAAGAAGAAAUCUGGUGGGAUGGGUCUAGGGGACACGGUGUCGCAGUUUGUGACAGCAGAGCAGCAGGCGGGCCUAGGAGACUCACUCAGGGUCAAGGCAAAGCAGCUUGAGCAGGAACUGACCAAAGCUGACCAAGCGACGGAACGCAAUCGCAACCAGGCGGCUGAGUUGGAGGCUCGCAAUCGUCAACUGACGGAAGAGAACAAACAGCUAGAGCUGAGCAUGAAGGAGAUACUGCAGGCUCUGAAGGAACAGGCGGGCAGCGGCACCGGCGGGGAGCUGCAGAUACCUAACCUAGAGAGGCUGGUUGCGCUUCUGGAGGCCAAAACUGCGGGUGGUACCUACGAGGCCCGGGUGGUCAUGAAAGCCCAGCUGGAUCAGCUGACGGGACGGAACGAAGAACUGCGACGUGAGCUUCGCCAGACCAGGAACGAGUGUGAGAAGGCUGGCAUCAACUUGGACAGGGCCAACAACAAGGUCACCAGACUAGAGCAAGACCUGCAGGCAUUAAGGGACGCGGGUCAGGGUGCCAUCACCCUGCACCACAUGCAGCUCCCACAAGGCAUGGCUGUAUCCAGUGCUGAGGUCAUCAGUUCUCUGAAUGAGCAACUCAUACAUGCACUGCAGGAACUGUCAAACAAGGAGGACCAGGUGAACCGAUGUGAGACGUCUCUUGUUGUCUACCGUCGUCGGUUCGCUGUGCUGCGACACCAGCAGGGGCUGCUGUACCAAGAAUACAAGGAGAAGCAGGAAGAAUGGGAAAGCCAGUCCGAGGGAUGGGACAAAGCCAAGCAGAAGCUGCUAGACCAGAUAGAUCAGCAGGAGGCCAAGGUGCAGGAAUUCAAUAGACUACUGGACACACUGCAGCAGAGCGGAGAUGAGCCACAGCGCCGGAUCGCAGAGGCUGCACGCAAGAUCACCGUGCUGAGAGUCAACGAGAGAGCCCUCACUAGACGAUUCACGGCCAGUCAGGAAGUGGAGGGCACUCUGAGAAAGGAAGUCAACAAACUUCGCAACGAGAUGGUUCAGAUGGAAACGGCCAUCACAGAGCGACUGGGGUAUCUCCAAAGACACAAAGAAGCAUCUCAAUUCAAGAUCGCUGCUCUCCAGCGAGCAUUGGAUGAAAGUGUCCCAGCCAGUGAGCUAGAGUCUUCCAACAGGCAGUACAACGAGCUGGCUGCCAAGUAUCGGGACCUGCUACAGACGGACAACCAGCUAGUGGCCAGGAACACACACGUUGACCAGCUGGAGUCCGAAAACAAGCGACUGGAGACCGACAUUGACACUAUGAAGCGAGAACUAGCCACGGAGAAGGAGAAACUACACACACUGGAGCAGGCUGUGGAGGAACUAGGAAAGAUUGGAGGGGGCACAGGUGUGAAAUCUACAGUGCAAACUAGCGAUCAUCUGUCAUUGGCCAAACGCUUGACGACCAUGGAGAUGAAGGAACUGAAUGAGCGCCAACGUGCCGAGCAUGCCGUCAGGAUGCAGGACCAGCUACGCAAGACCCUGACGGAGAUGGAGAACAGGAACCUGGAGCUGGAACAGAAAUUUGCAGAGCUUACAAGACUGAAUCUGGAAGCACAGAAGAUAGAGAGAGAAUUGCGAGAUGAGCUGACUACGUGCAUUACCAAGGCAGCCAGUGACCUGGACAAGAGACGGAUUGGUGAGCUGGAGAGAUCAGAAGCCACGCUGCGUCUAGAGAACGAAAAACUCAAGGAGAUUGUAGAUGUUGCGUCCUUUCAGACCAAGGCCCUGGAAUCCAGGCAGAUCUCUCGGGAGAAAGAGGUCCUGUCACUACGGCAACAGCUCAUCGACAUUCAAACCCAGAGUAACGAGAAGGCAAUCAUAGGUAAGCUCCACCACCACAUCGUGGCUCUCCAGAUCAGCGAAGGCACGGCCGUCCGCAAGCUGGAAGCCGCCAACGCCAAGCUCAAGAAGCUAGAAGCUAGAAGGCUUCGUCUAGAGCGACAGCUGGACGAGCGAGCACAGAGUCUCUAUCAUUGUCAGGUGGAUGCACGCAACAAGGCAAGACAUCUCAAAAGAACUAUUCAGGAGUUGCGACGUCAGUUCAGCGGGGCUGUACCGCUCGGCGAUCAGGAGAAAUUCUCCAAAGCCAUGCUGCAGCUCAAGACUGACAAAGAACAAAUGCAAAGUCAAGUCAAAGUGCUCAAGUACGAGAGAGAGAAGGUCUCGGACCAACUUGCGGAGUUGGAGCUGAAGCACCACGGCCUGCAGGAGUUGAUGCAGACGCUGCAGGAUGGCAAGGGGGCAGUCAAGGUGGCUGAAUGGCACGGCAAGAUGCAGGAUACCAGACUACAGCAGCUCAAACUCACCAGACAGAUAGGACGUCUACAGGAACAGAAUAAGUUUCUGGACGGACUGUCGGCCCAGCACGAGAAAACAAUCACAUACCUGGAGCAAGACAACGUCCGCGUCACUAGGGAAUCCGAAGAGAGGCAGUUGCUAUGGGAACAGCGGGAGUUGGAGCUGGAGAGGAUGAUUGACAGCUUAGAGAGGCAGCAGAAGGAGAUGGCCAAUGCUGCCCUCAGGUUUGAGGAGGCAACUGGAUCAUUACCUGACCCAAGCCUACCCAUAUCCAGCCAGCUGGAGCAUGCCAUCAGGUCCAUCAAGAUCCAUAUCAAGACUAUCCUGGAUGUGAGGGCUGAGAACACUGCCCUGCAGAAGAAACUUGCAGAGACAGAGACCCAGCUCAAAGAGACGGAAGACAACCUCCUCCAGCGAGACAAGAUCAUCAACGAACUCCGGCUGCGUCUGCCCGCCUCCUCCGAGAGAGACGAAAUCAUCAAGGAUGGCAUGGCUCAGGGAGUCCGCUUCAAGGCGCUGGAGGAGACCUGCGAACACAAGCAGGCCCUCAGGGUGGCACAGACGCAGAUAGAAGGCUUACAGGCUCGCCUACAGAAGAAAGAGGAAGGACUGCAGAAAUAUGUGGAACUUCUGGACGAAUCUAGACAGGAAUCAGCCGCAGAGCACAAGAAACAUUUGGAGGAGAUGCAUGCCCUACAGAUGAAACUCCACGGCCAAUCAGAUUCGGCGUUCAACAAGUUCAAGCAAGCUGCCCAGACCCUAGUGAACCAGCCCGGAGCACCCGUACCCACCAACAAGCAGCUCGCUCGCCUGCAGGAGCUGGAGGACCUGCUAGCAGAGCAGGAUAACUCCCUGUCAGCCUUGUCUAUCAAGCUGAAGGCGGCACACACAGAGACCAGCAAAUGGAAGGGGGUGCUGGAACGCAAAGUCCAGGAGUACAAGAAAGAGAAAGCCAAAAUUAUCGAAGGUCACAAUGACAAAGUCUCUCGUCUGGAGGGUGAAAUCGGCGAUCUUAAGACUGUCAUACAGGAUAAAGAAGAAGAGAUCAAGAAUUUACAAGCUGACCUUGAAGCACAGCGGGAGGCCAACGCCAAGGCCCCAACGACAACCAUGAAAGCGCUGGUGGAACGACUGAGACACGAUUUAGCGCUGAAGGAAAAACAACACAAGUCUCUGAGUCAGGCGCUUCUGAAGUUGCGGGCUGACAUGGUGGAUACUGCCCAGCAGAAUGUCAAGGCGAAUGCAGAGGACCAAGAGCAGCAGAUCAACGUGCAGAAACUACUGGAGAAGGAGACUAAACACAUCAAGGAGCAAUUGGAAGAAUCAAGAGAGAGGCUUGACAAGGCCAAGAAAGAAUUGAAGAAACACAGAGUGCAGUCGUCCGCCCUUAGCACCGAGAUUCAGGAACUAAAGCAGGACUUGGAAGUGAAGUCAACAGCGUUGCACAAACUGCAAGAAGAACACAAGAAGCUCCAGCAGAAGAUGGACGUGUACACCAGAGGUCAUAAGGUUGAAGAGCCAGAGAGGGGGCCCUCCAGCGAGGUAGACAGACUCAAGAAACAGAUCAUAGCACUGGAGGAACAACUCCAACAAACUAAGGGGUCAGAAGCCAAAGGGGUGACCUCUGACCCUAAAAAGGAACAGAGCGCAGCAGAGGUGGCCAAGUGGGAGGAAGGCAAGAAAUGGGAGAAGAGAGUGGAGAGUCUUCGUAGUAAGCUGAGAGACCGAGACAAGGAGAUUGAGCAACUACAGAAGGCCAAUAAGAUGAUGAAGGAUGCCCUCAAUAGGGCGGAGAGGAUCAAGCCUACCACAGCAACAAAACUAGAAGCAACGAAGAAGACAGUGACCUCUGACUCAGCCAUUGAGGAAAUGAGGCGGCGGAAUUAUGAGCUGGAAGAAGAGGUUGCGUCCUUGAAGCGCCAGCAAGCCUUGGGCCAAGGGACACUGUUGGAGGAGGUUCAACAGCAAAACAGACAACUGACAGACAAGCUGGAUAUGAUGGAGCGACAGAUGGCCAGCCGGCUGGCUAAAAAGACAGAGUCUGGCGGUGGGCCUAGUGCAGGGGCAACCACUGAACCAGAGCAGGAACAGGAACUACAAAGACAGAUACUUGAGCUAUCGCAGGAGAACCUAGAGCUGAGGUUUGAUGCUGAGCAGGCCAAGCGAGACGUGCCUAGGCUCAAGCAGAGGGUGGAGGACCUACAGAGAUACAACGAGGCACUGAAGGCUGACUUGGAUCAGGAGAGAGAGAAAGGAAGGAGUCGGCCUCCAUCCGCCGCUAGCUCAAGCAUGGGACUCAGGAGGUCAAUGGGCUCCAGUGGUAAAACCGUUCCUGAGCUUGAGCGCACCAUCGGCUUGAUGAAGAAGGUCGUUGAGCGCGUGCAGAGAGAGAACGAAGAAUUGAAGAAAGCGCCGGGGGUCACGGUCCAGACGGAGAUUCACGGACUCAAGGAAGAAAACCAGAAUUUGAAGACGGAACUUGACAAGCUGAAGCGGCAGGUGGGCGGUCAGCUGAGCACGCGGUACGAGAGCACCCAGAAGGGAGUAGCCAAGGCCGUGUCGGAGAACAACCGGCUGAGGCAAGAGUUAAAGAGAGAGGUGGAAUCCACCGAGAGACUCCGAGUCAGUACCAGCCAGCUGAGCCUGGACAGGGAGAGGUUACAACGGCAGCUGGAAGAGAGCCAGGAGAAGCUGCAAAUUGAGCAGGCUAGGGGGCCCAAACUUGAGGGCGCCGACAGCAAGAGCUGGAAGUCCAUCGUGGUGACUAGGAUGUACGAAGAGAAGAUGCGCAACAUGGAACAGGACAUGGAGAAAAAGAACUCGACCAUUCAAGACAUGAAACAGUUGUUGAGGGACUCAGCCCAGAGGGAGCAGGGUCUGAUGCAACACGUCGGAGAGCUGAGGGAGAAAGUUGCCAUCUUGGAAAGGUUCCCGGCAGACGCGUUGACGUCCGACACUGAGCUGGUCCGAGAAUUACAACAAUCAAGGUUGAUGACAAAUCGUCUGGAGAAUGAGAAAGCCGAACUGCUGAAUGAACUGAAACUGUUCCGACUGCAGGGCGGCCAGCCAGCCGGAAGUGGAGCGGACAAGGAUGAUUUUCUGACGGAAAGACUCCACAACUACAACAAGCUGAUGGAGGAGAACGUGGAACUCAGAACAGACAUUAAAUCCCUCCAGCUGGAACAGGAACGGCUAAAACGUGACAAUGAGAAGCUCCACAAGGAACUCGAGCAGUUUGACCCGGCAUUCUUUGAGGAAAUAGAAGAUUUGAAGUUCAACUACAGAGAGGCGUUGCAGCGCAAUGUGCAAUAUGAGGAGCAGCUUCGCAAAUUCUCCCAGCAGUUUGGUGUCUCUGUCAAUAUCCCUGCCAUUUGACCAAGUUUAAAUCAAAAACAAAAACCUUGCUUCGACGGAAUCAACUUACCAACACAGUUUCAACCAGGGAAUUGAAAGUCAGCGGCAUAAGGGUUGUUGUUCCUCCAUUUGUAUUUGUUGAACUUGGUGCGGAAGAUGCUUUCAACAGUUGUAUGGCAGAUUUGAGCAAAUCAAAAAUGAAAAAAAAAAAUCAACCAAACAAUAACAAGUGGGGGGCUGUGGUCCAAUGGUU